CUGGGGGGAGGCCCUCCAAGCUCCAGGCCUGGCUCUUAAAGGGCCGGACUUCCCGCCCACCGGCCUGCCCGCUGGAGCCCCCUUCCAGGGCAACUCUAGGCACGCAGGGUCCCUACUCACUACUUGCUCACCUGGCUGGGAAGUGGGCGGGGCGGAGCCAGGAGGCCAGCCAGGUUUACAGCGAGCUGUGCCUCGGGACUGUGCGUGGGUCCCACCGCUGCCUGAACCCCCUCAGGCUCUUCUUCCCUCCUCCUGCCUGGUGGGGCGGGUCCAGCUGGAUCCCAUUAGCUGCCUUGGCAGGUUCCCAGGCCCCUGGAACCGCCCCCACUCCCCCACCAGAGUGGCCAGCAGUCCCGGCAGACUUCUGAACAGCCUUCAGCCCCAAGGAAUCAGGACCCUGGAAAAGCUGGGAACCCUGUGGCCCACCAGAAGUGAUCCAGGACACCCCAGUGGGCCGGAGGAGCCCAGGGCUCCUUCUCUUGGUUGACUGUGCUGGGCUGCCUGGGCUACUCAGUGAGGUGGGGAUCCCCUGCCAGCCAAGGUGUUGCGGCUGUGGAUGACCUCUCUGGGCCAGGAUGUGGACAUCUUGGGUUCCUGGCCUGUGGCUGCUGGGUCUCUGGGCCACCUGCAGCCAUGCUGCUGAUACAGGUGAGCAGUGUCCACCUUCUCAACAAGAAGGACUCAAACUGGAACACAGAAGUGAUUUAUCUAUCAAUGUGACAGGCUUCAGCCUCAUCCGCCGACUCAACCUUAUGAAGAUAUCUGCCAUCAAGAAGAUCCGAAACCCCAAGGGACCUCUCAUUCUGCGGCUGGGGGCGACCCGGAUUACUCAGCCCAUGAGGCGAGUAUUCCCUCAAGGGCUCCCUGGUGAGUUUGCCCUGGUGCUGACAUUGUUGCUGAAGAAACACACCCACCAGAACACAUGGUACCUGUUUCAAGUGACUGAUGCCCAAGGAUACCCACAGAUUUCUCUGGAAGUCAACAGCCAAGAGCGAACCUUGGAGCUCCGAGCCCUGGGCCAGGAUGGUGACUUUGUUUCCUGUGUCUUCGCGGUGCCCCAGCUCUUUGACCUGCGCUGGCACAAGCUGAUGCUGAGCAUAGCUGAACGUGUGGCCUCCAUGCAUAUAGACUGCACUUCAGCGUCCUCUCAGCCCCUGAGGCCCCGGCGGCCCAUGAGGCCUGGGGGGCAUGUGUUUCUGGGCUUGGAUGCUGAGCAGGGCAGGCCUGUCUCGUUUGACCUUCAGCAGGCGCACAUCUAUUGCAACCCGGAGCUUGUGCUGGAGGAGGGCUGCUGUGAGAUCCUGCCAGGAGGGUGCCCCCCAGAGACCUCCAAGGCUCGCCGGGACACCCAGAACAAUGAACUCAUCGAGAUCAACCCACAGACCGAGGGCAAGGUCUACACCCGCUGCUUCUGCCUGGAGGAGCCUCAGAAGAGCAAGGUGGAUGCCCAGCUGACGGGAAGAGUUAGCCAGAAGACAGAAUGGGGAGCAAAGGCCCAUCAGGAGGCAGCUGCCAAUGAGUGCCCACCCUGUGUCCAUGGUGCCCAGGAGAGCAAUGUCACACUUGGUCCCUUUGGCCCCAAGGGAGGGAAAGGUGAGCGGGGCCUGCCUGGCCCAUCAGGCCUCAAAGGAGAAAAGGGAGCCCGGGGUAAUGACUGUGUGCGAACCUCCCCUGAUGCCCCACUUCAGUGUGCAGAAGGUCCGAAGGGAGAGAAGGGGGCAUCAGGACCGUUGGGGCCCUCAGGACUCCCAGGCUCCCCAGGCCAGAAGGGCCAAAAAGGAGACCGGGGUGAUGGAGGCAUCAAGGGCUCACCGGGAAAGCCAGGCCGAGAUGGCCGGCCUGGGGAGAUCUGCGUCAUGGGCCCCAAAGGGCAGAAGGGAGACCCUGGUUUUGUUGGACCUGAGGGGCUGGCAGGAGAGCCAGGCCCCCCAGGCCUCCCUGGGCUUCCAGGGAUAGGACUGCCAGGCACCCCAGGGGCCCCUGGUGGCCCACCAGGCCGUAAAGGAGAGAAGGGCAACUCUGGAACUCCAGGAAAGGAAGGUCCUAGUGGGAAACCCGGGAAGCCAGGGAUGCCUGGUCUGAAGGGGGAGAAGGGCGACCCCUGUGAAGUGUGCCCAACACUGCCUGAAGGGUUCCAGAGUUUCAUAGGACUUCCUGGAAAGCCAGGACCCAAGGGGGAGCCAGGGGAUCCUGCACCAGCCAGAGAGGGCCCAGGAGCUGCUGGACCAAAGGGUGACCGGGGAGAUCCUGGCAUACAAGGCCUCAAAGGAGAGAAGGGGGAGUCCUGUUUGUCCUGCAGCUCAGUGGGUCAGAGUCAUACUCCUGGGUCCAUUACAGGGGCCAAAGGAGAUGUAGGCCCUCCUGGCUUUGGUUUGCCUGGCCUCCCGGGGAAAAUUGGGGCUCCAGGGCCAACAGGACUGAAAGGAGAGAAGGGUAAUUUUGGAGAGGCAGGACCUUCAGGCAGUCCAGGACCACCAGGGCCAGUGGGACCAGCAGGCAUCAAAGGGGAGAAAGGUGCGCCUUGUGAGCCAUGCCUGUCGGGACCUCAAGAAGGCAGCAACCAUGUGCAAGCCUUUCCUGGCCCUCCUGGAGAGAAGGGGGAGCCUGGGCCUCCAGGCUUUGGCCUGCCAGGGAAGCAGGGCAAGGCUGGAGAUCGUGGACUGAAGGGGCAGAAGGGUGAUGCUGGGUAUCCUGGAGAUCCUGGAAUGCCGGGUACCACAGGGCAGCCUGGACUGUCAGGAGAGCCUGGGGUCCGAGGCCCCAUGGGGCCAAAAGGAGAAAAGGGUGAUGGCUGCACUGCCUGCUCCAGCCUCCAGGGGGCACCGACCAACAUGGUGGGACUACCUGGGAAGCCAGGCCCCAAAGGAGAGCCAGGCCCAGAAGGCACAGGCCAGCCUGGGAAGCCGGGCCAGCCUGGUUUACCUGGAGUUCAAGGGCCCCCGGGACUGAAGGGCAUGCAGGGAGAGCCAGGGCCUCCAGGAGUGGGAGUUCAGGGUUCUCAGGGGGAGCCUGGAGCCCAGGGUUUGCCUGGCACUCAGGGGCUUCCAGGACCUCAAGGACCACCUGGACGCACUGGAGAGAAGGGUGCCAAGGGAUCUCCAGGGGUGAAAGGAGCUGCGGGACCCAUGGGACCUCCUGGAGCUGGUGUCUCUGGGUCUCCGGGUCAGGAUGGGCAGAAAGGACAGGCUGGAGUCCCAGGUGUCAGAGGGAUGCCAGGUGAAAAGGGGUCUCAGGGAGAGAAGGGUGAGCCUGGGGAGUGCUCCUGCCCCUCCCGAGGAGAGCCAGUCUUCUCUGGGAUGCCGGGUGCUCCGGGACUUUGGAUGGGCAGCUCCUGGCAGCCGGGUCCGCAGGGUCCCCCAGGUGUUCCUGGACCACCAGGCCCCCCUGGGCUGCCUGGGAUGCAGGGCAUGCCUGGGAACAAUGGUCUGCCAGGACAGCCUGGAGCAGCUGCAGAGCUGGAGUCCUUACCCAUUGAAUGGCGUUUCCUUAAGACCAUCUGUGGGGACUGUGGCCAGAGCCAGACGGUCCAGCCAGCGGCCCUCCUGGAGAAAGGAGAGAAGGGGGACCAGGGCAUCCCCGGUGUGCCAGGCUUCGACAACUGUGCCCGGUGCUUCCUGGAGCGGGAGCGCCCAAGAGCAGAGGAAGCCCGGGGAGACAACAGUGAGGGAGAACCUGGCUGUGCAGGGAGCCCUGGCAUGCCUGGUUCUCCAGGAUUGCCUGGUCAGAGAGGAGAACAGGGUCCACCAGGCAUGAGGGGCUCCCCAGGUCCUCCAGGCCCUAUUGGCCCCCCAGGUUUUCCUGGUGCUGUUGGCUCCCCCGGAUUGCCUGGCCUUCAAGGAGAAAGAGGUCUCAGGGGCCUGACAGGAGAGAAGGGAGAACUGGGUCCUCCUGGGCAACCUGGUUAUCCAGGUGCUAUGGGUCCCCCUGGACUGCCUGGCAUCAAGGGAGAGCGAGGCUAUGUGGGCCCCUCAGGAGAGAAGGGAGAAUCGGGCCCUCCAGGAUCUGAAGGCCUCCCAGGCCCCUCAGGCCCAGCGGGGCCCCGAGGAGAACGAGGACCCCAAGGGAACUCGGGUGAGAAAGGUGACCAGGGAUUUCAAGGCCAGCCAGGCUUCCCUGGCCCACCGGGUCCCCCUGGAUUCCCAGGCAAAGCUGGAGCCCCUGGACCACCUGGGCCUCAAGCGGAAAAGGGCAAUGAAGGGAUGCGAGGUCCAUCAGGCCUGACUGGCUCCCCUGGGCCACCAGGACCUCCUGGGAUUCAGGGGCCUGCUGGCCUGGAUGGCCUGGAUGGGAAGGAUGGCAAGCCUGGCUUGAGGGGGGACCCCGGUCCUGCUGGCCCUCCUGGACUCAUGGGACCCCCGGGCUUCAAGGGGAAAACUGGACAUCCUGGCCUCCCAGGACCAAAGGGUGACUGUGGACAGCCAGGGCCCCCUGGCAGCAGCGGCCGACCAGGAGCAGAGGGUGAACCUGGUGCUAUGGGACCCCAAGGAAGACCGGGCCCCCCUGGCCAUGCUGGGCCACCAGGGCCUGCUGGCCAGCCAGGACCAGCUGGUAUCUCUGCAGUGGGCCUGAAAGGUGACCGGGGAGCGACGGGUGAGAGGGGCCUUUUGGGCCUUCCUGGCCAACCUGGCCCACCUGGACAUCCUGGUCCUCCGGGUGAACCUGGUGCAGAUGGUGCAGCUGGCAAAGAGGGACCCCCUGGAAAGCAGGGAGUCUAUGGCCCUCCUGGUCCAAAGGGUGAUCCAGGACCUUCAGGACAGAAGGGCCAAGCAGGAGAGAAGGGAAGAGCUGGCAUGCCUGGUGGGCCUGGCAAGAGUGGCUCCAUGGGACCCGUUGGGCCACCGGGCCCUGCUGGAGAGAGAGGCCACCCUGGAUCUCCAGGGCCUGCAGGAAGCCCUGGAUUGCCAGGGAUGCCUGGCUCCAUGGGAGACAUGGUGAAUUAUGAUGAAAUCAAGAGGUUCAUCAGACAAGAGAUCAUUAAAAUGUUUGAUGAGAGGAUGGCUUACUACACCUCCAGGAUGCAGUUUCCUGUGGAGAUGGCAGCAGCACCCGGCCGACCAGGCCCCCCCGGGAAAGAUGGUACUCCGGGUCGGCCAGGUGCUCCAGGGUCGCCAGGGCUCCCCGGUCAGAUUGGCAGAGAAGGACGGCAGGGCUUACCAGGAAUGAGAGGACUGCCUGGUACCAAAGGUGAAAAAGGGGAUAUUGGUGUUGGCAUAGCAGGAGAAAAUGGUCUCCCUGGACCCCCAGGUCCUCAGGGUCCUCCAGGGUAUGGCAAAAUGGGUGCAACUGGACCAAUGGGUCAGCAGGGCAUUCCUGGAAUCCCUGGCCCUCCAGGCCCCAUGGGUCAGCCUGGUAAGGCUGGCCACUGUAACCCCUCUGACUGCUUUGGGGCCAUGCCAAUGGAGCAGCAAUACCCACCCGUGAAAAACAUGAAGGGGCCUUUUGGCUGAAAACAUCAUCUCCAUUAAAAUGAAGGACUCCAUAGGAAAUAUGUGGUUACAAAUUAUAGGACUCUGUAAUAGGUUGUGAAUGUUUUUGGGGUUUUUUUGCUGUUGUUGUUUGUUUUUGUUGUUAAUAUUUUUAUCAAUAAAUAAACAAAAAUACCUGCAGUCCCACUUCCAGUGGGGUUUCUCUGGUGCUGAAGAUGCA